UUUUACAGGUGUUUGGCCCUACUUCAGCUUUUGAAGUCUAAAAGCACUUCUAAAAGUCGGGCUUAGAGAUGGCAACAAAAUCCGAACCCACGGGUACCCACCCGACCCAACCCGGUCAACGCGGGUAAAAUCCGUGUUGACGGGUUUUGGGCCGGGUUUGGGUUUAAACCCGUUCACUAUUCACCUUGUUGGGUUGGGUUUGGGUUUAGGUAAACCCGACCCAUGGAUACCCGCCCACACCCAUAUAAUAAUUUUCUUGGUAUAUUAAUAUUCUAAACAACUAAUCGUAUUUAUGUUUGUGGAGACAUGUCUAAUUUUUUCUUUCUAAUUGUGUAGAAUGAAGUUGAUGUUAUCGAGUGGAGAGCGAAGAAACUUAAUUGAAAGGAAGAAGUUUUCAAUUAAUCAUGUUAUUUAUGGAUAAUUUGUGAUUUGCUUCAAUUUUCUUGAGUUUUCUAGAUUGGUGUUGAACGAUUUGUAUAGUUAAUUUGUGAUUUGCUUGUAUUUUCUAGAAUGGUGUUUUAUAUAUGGAUACUUUGUAUUGAGAGAUUGAUAUUUGACUUUAAUUUUGAUAGAAACUUGUUAUAGUAAAUUUUUUAUGACAAAAACCCAUGAGUACCCAUGAACCCGCGGAUACCCAGCUGGUUGGGUUGGGUUUGAGUUUUUCAAACCUAGUGAGUUUUACCCCAGGUUUUUUACACCGAUAAACCCACGGGUUUGAGUUUGGGUUUGGCAAAACCCGACCCAUUGCCAUCCCUAGUCGGGCUAAACAUAGAGAGCCUGUGUCUUUAAAAAAGUAUACUUUAAUCUCCAACGGGUCCCAGGUCCAGCGUAAUGGAUAAAUCAAAGAAGUGCCUUGUUCCAAGGACUGACGAGGAAAGAGGGAAAGAAUCCAUCUCCAACUCGCAAAAGCCUGCCCCAUGGACCCAAACCCAGCCCAUCAAAAUAUCAUCGUCCAUUGACAGACUUCUCAGAUAUAGAUAUUUAUUGAAUGAAUCCCGACGAGCCCGCCAACUAGCAACUGGGUGGGUCCCACAUGUUUCCCACCUUCCUUCUCCUUCGUUCUUAUCUGAUUCUUAUCCCUUUCCCUUCGCUUUCUUCUCUCGCUCACUGGUUUCCGUUCCGUUUUAGCGGGGUCCAUUUCGCGACAUCCCGACUUCUCCGUCCACGUGGCCACCAUUACGCCUAUCCCGUUUCCCGCAAUCCCGUCACAGUCAGCCAGCCAUCUCUCCCUCCCCGUCUAUUUAUUUUGCACUUGCGUUGCGUCGCUCUCCGACUCACUCUCUUCUCUCAAUUGAAUCCAACAUCUCCUUCGCCGAUCACAACACUCAGGAAAUCAAAUCAUCGAUUCUUUCGUCCCGUGGAUCCACCAUCGUAAUCAGACGAAGGUAAUUAUCUUUAUCGACUGGAAUUCCGGUGGCGUCCGUUGGUUUUUGCUUUGUUGUUUCUUUCUGCCAUAUUUAUUUCCCGGUCGUCGGCGUUGGCCUCAAUUCACAUGAUCGAUUGCAUUUAUUAUAUUAUUAUAAAUGAAAUGGGGGGAUAUAGUCGUUUGAUUUGAAGAUUGUAUUUCUUUCUUGUACAUCGUCCUUUCUCGUUUUCACAGAGUUUGUACGAUCAAGUUAUUGGAGCUGUGAAAUGGGUGGGGCUUGUUCGAGGAAGAGAGGGGCGUUGGAAAGGGAAGAUAACAAAAGUCCAGCCGGGAGGCUCUGUAGGAAAUUUAGCAAGAAUGGAAGCUCGAAAUGGUUGGUAACUUCCGUUCCCAAACUCGGCGGAAAUGAUUCACAAGGCCAGAAGAAUAGCAGCAGACGCCCUCCUCCCCUUUUGGACCUUUGCAUCCAAAAUAUCUGUGAGGAUAUAGAUAACCACGGCACAUUUUACAUGCUCCCAAGGGACAUCAGCCAAGAGAUCUUCAACGAAUUGGUGUUCUCCCUUCGUCUAACUGAUGUUUCUCUUGAAGCAUUUCGGGAUUGCGCCCUCCAGGAUAUUCACUUGAUAGACUAUCCAGGAGUUAAUGACUAUUGGAUGGAUGUCAUCUCGUCGCAGGGGAUGUCGUUGCUUUCUCUCGAUGUAUCCGGUUCGAAUGUGACUGAUUCCGGGUUCAGUUAUUUAAGAGUCUGUAAGAACCUGGAAAGUCUCGGUCUUGACUACUGUGAGAGACUUUCUGAUCUUGGGCUUAAGGAGAUUGGAGAAGGCUUCUCAAACUUGACAAGCUUGAGUUUCAGACGAAACAAUGCAAUUACCGCAGAGGGAAUGAGGGCAGUUUCAGGCUUAAAAAACCUAGUUAAAUUGGACAUGGAGAGGUGUCCUGGCGUUGGGGGUGGUUUUGCUCACCUCAAUGGUUUAUCAAAAUUAGAGUCUCUUAACAUCAAUUGGUGCAACUGCAUCACAGAUGAUGAUUUGAAGCACCUUUCUGGGCUUACUAGCUUGAAGAGCUUGCAAAUUUCUUGCAGCAGGGUUACGGAUAUGGGUAUAUCUAGCUUGAAAGGGCUCCAUAACCUUACCCUUCUUAACUUGGAGGGUUGCCCAGUCACAGCAGCAUGUUUGGAAUUUCUCGCAGAGCUAGCUUCUCUGUCAUAUCUGAACCUAAACAGGUGUCAUCUAUCUGAUGCUGGAUGUCAGAAAUUUUCAAAAUUCGCAAAAUUAAAGAUUCUAAAUUUGGGCUUCAAUGACAUCACUGAUGCGUGUUUAGUGCACCUGAAAGGUUUAACAGCUUUGGAGAGCUUGAACUUGGAUUCUUGUCAGAUCAACGAUGAUGGGAUGGAGAACUUAAAAGGUCUGAAGAACUUGAAAUGCUUAGUGUUGUCAGAUACUGAAGUUGGAAGCAAGGGGCUGCGCCACCUAACUGGCCUUCAUAAUUUGGAGAGCAUAAAUCUGUCUUUCACCAUGGUUACUGAUUGUGGUUUAAGAGAACUGUCCGGAUUAACAUCUAUUAAAUCUCUCAAUCUGGAUGCGCGCCAAAUAACAGAUACUGGACUUGCAGCCCUUACAAGUUUGACUGGAUUAACUCAUCUGGAUCUCUUUGGAGCUCGUAUUACAGAUUCUGGGACAUCGUACUUAAAAAAUUUCAAAAAUCUUUGUUCCUUGGAGAUAUGCGGUGGAGGAUUAACGGAUGCUGGGGUUAAGAACAUCAAAGAGCUGUCCUCUCUGUCACUCCUGAAUCUAUCACAGAACUGCAACCUAACAGAUAGAUCACUGGAAUUAAUUUCAGGAUUGACUGGACUUAUAUCGUUGAACGUCUCGAAUUCAAGAAUCACAGCUGCUGGUCUGCGGCAUCUGAAGCCAUUGAAGAGUUUAAAGUCAUUGAGCAUGGAAUCGUGCAAGGUCACGGCCAGUGACAUCGAGAAGCUUCGGUCUUUCGAUCUCCCUAACCUCGUAAGCUUUCGCCCUGAAGAAUGAUGACGGUUAUUGGAAUUGUCAGUAAUGUAUGUAAUUAGUGGCUCUCAUGAAGAUGAAAGAGCUAGUACAUAUGUCACUUUAAGUAGCUUGUAAAUAUUUGUUUGGGAACGAGCUUCGUCUGUUUCAGUGAGACACUAUGUAGAUAUAAGUUUCUGUGUGUUCAUGAAUAACUCCCACCUUCGUUGAUUUUAUACGAAGACACCUCAAUCGAGUAAAGCUGUUGGGGUUGGAUUCCAUGUUCAAGCACAAAAGUUCUCGCGGCGGCAGGUUUGGUUUUUUUGGUGCAGAAUCGUGAGUUAUCUUGGAAAAGCCGAAAUUCUAGUAUUUCCAAACCAUGACUAUUCAUUGCAAAGUGAAUAAACCUUUAUAAAGGAUUAUACUGAAUUAUAAUAUGUCAUUUUAUUAUGUCGUUGGUUCUAUCAAACAUGUCUUACUAUUUAUUAGGUUCGUUCUAUCAAACAUGUCUUACUAUUUAUUAGGGUUAAUAGCUUAUUUUAUUCUGAACCAUCACCAUAUAAUCAACUUUGGUCCAUAAUUUCAGAAAUUAACAUUUUGACCUCAAUUAUGCAACAUGUAGACUUAAUUGGCCCGAUACAUGGUUUGAACGUCAAUUUGGACGGUCAACAUGCCAUGUCAUUGCCUCAUCAGCCUAAAAUCAUUAAAAAUUUUAAAUUAUUUUCCUAAUUUCUAUUAUUAUACUUUUUUUUUUUACAAAAGAUAUUCAUAUAUUGAAUCAAAAGAAGAUAGUUACAUCCUGGAUCGAAGCCAGGCCUGAAAAUCAAACAAUCGACAAUGAGCCGGGUACAAAGUAAGGGUCUUUUUAGCCACCGAAUGGGCUACCCUAUUGCUAUCCCGACCUACGAAUCGAAAACUAAAACCCACAUGAUUCCUCAAACACUGCACACUUAACCAAAAAAUAAAAUUAUAAAAAUAUAUAAAUUUUUUUUUAUUUUUUGGUUAAUUUGAAAAUGAUAAAUAAUAGAUAUUAGAAUAAUAAUUAGAAUUUUUAAUGAUUUUUAGGCUGACAUGGCAUAGUUGAGGCCAAGAUGUUAAUUUUUGAAACCACGGCCAAAGUUGAUUAUAUGUAUAGGUGUCAAAACAUAGCCCGACCCGAUCAACCCAAUCCGCAACCUGACCGCAACCCGACUAACCCGCAACCUGAAUGACCCGCAACCCGAUUAAUUCGAACCCGAUUGAUCCGCAACCCGACUGACCAGCAAGCCAAAUCCGACUAACCCAUAACCCGACUGACUCAACCCGAACUUCACCUAGUCCACUUGAAUAAUUAUUAUAAUAUACAAUACAUAGUUUUUCAAAAGAAAGUUUUUCAUUCUAAACUUAGGGAAAAUUAUUUUUUCAUUUCGUAUAGGGAAUUUAAAAAAUAUGAAACUCACUUGAUAUUAUGUAUUUUAAGAAAAUUACAAAAUUGAAACAUGACGGUCACUUGAACACUAAGUUCUUUAACAAAAUUAAAAAAGUAAAUAGAAAAUAGAAAAUCAACAUAAUGUCAAUAUUAAUAAUUAAUAAUUGAGAUCAUGGACAAUAUUAAUAUAAUAUAUAAAUAAAAAUUUUGAUUAAUUUACCUAUUCAAUAAAAUUAUCAAUUAAAUAUAAAUAAAGUAAAGUAAUGUAUUUGGUAAUUUGAUGUUUUUAAAAGAAGAUGGAAAUUUUGGUGUAUUCAAUUUUUUGGGAAGAGAAAGAAAAAGGAAAUUUGGUUCUUUGAAUUUUGUAGAAAAGAAACAAGUGAAAAAUUUGGUGGCUUUGAUUUGUGGGAGGAGAAAGAAUUGAGAAAGUUUGGUUUUUUUUAUUACGAAAGAGAAAUAAGGAGAGAAAUUUUGAGAUUUUAAAUUUUUGUGGAAGGAAGGAAGAGAGAAAUUUGUUUUAUUCAAUUUUAUGGAAGAGAAAGAAGAGGGGAAAUUGAGUUUUCUAAUUUAUGAAAGGAGAAAGAAGGAGGGAAUUUUUUUUUUUUUUGUGAAAAUAAAGAAUGAAACAAAUU